AGCAGCGUGCUUCUGCAGAGCAAGUGUAGGAAUAGUUACCGAUCUCUGCUGUGUAAUGGCAACUUUUGUGCGCUUAUGCAGCCGGUGGCUGGGGCGCAGCGAGGCACUGCUGGCAGCGCGGGUACGAAGCCGAGCACAAGAGGCUGUAAGGUUAUCCCAAGCUCGGUAUUACAGAGUACUGAGCUCAGGAGCCGCGGUAUCUCCGAGCACCACCGCGCAAUGUCGUACUGUACACGGCUUAGGUAAUAGGGGCAGCGGCGGAGCCUUUUCUGGAGACGAUGGGGCGGAAAGUGCGGGCAGCGGGGAGGAAGAAGGGGACGGGGGAGCCGGUGAUGCCAGCAGCGGUGUGGGUGAAGGUGGAUAUGCGGCGCCUAUAGUGACAGCACUUACACCGCUCAUUGUGCCAGAAGUCUUCCCCAAUGUCCCCGUGAUAGCAGUGACCCGAAACCCUGUAUUCCCUAGGUUCGUCAAGAUUAUAGAGGUCAAGAACCCAAAUCUGAUGGCAUUGCUGAGACGGAAGGUACGACUUGCCCAGCCAUAUGCCGGAAUUUUCCUCAAGAAAGAUGACAAUAAUGAGUCUGAUGUGGUUGGAAGCCUGGAUGAGAUCUACCAUACGGGAACCUUUGUUCAAAUUCAUGAGAUGCAGGACAUGGAUGACAAACUACGUAUGAUUGUCAUGGGACAUAGAAGGAUCCGCAUAAACAAGCAACUGGGUAUAGAGUCUGAGGAGUCGCAGAAAGAAGAAAAAGUUGAGGGAAAGAAAAGGUCCAGAAAUUCAGCAUCCAGACUAAGUAAAGAAAUGGAAAAGAGAGAGCAGAUGGUGAUAGAUCCCAACACACCACUUGGCGUCCUUAUGGCAGAGGUGGACAAUGUAGUUCAUGAGGACUUUCAGAACACAGAGGAGGUUAAAGCGCUCACAGCUGAAAUAGUGAAGACCAUCCGUGAUAUCAUUGCUUUGAACCCGCUGUACAGAGAGUCUGUAAUGCAGAUGAUGCAGGCUGGUCAGAGAGUUGUGGACAAUCCAAUAUAUCUAAGUGACAUGGGCGCUGCACUGACUGGAGCCGAAUCACAUGAGCUGCAGGAUGUGCUGGAGGAAACUAAUAUUCCAAAGCGCCUUUACAAGUCUCUCUCAUUGCUGAAGAAAGAGUAUGAACUGAGCAAACUGCAGCAGCGACUGGGCCGUGAGGUUGAGGAAAAAAUCAAGCAGACACACCGAAAGUAUUUGUUGCAGGAACAGUUAAAGAUCAUCAAAAAGGAGCUAGGCCUGGAGAAAGAGGACAAAGAUGCUAUUGAAGAGAAGUUCCGUGAGCGUCUUAAGGAAAUGACUGUUCCCAAACAUGUCAUGGAGGUUAUUGAUGAGGAGCUCAGCAAACUGGGGCUCUUGGAUAACCACUCCUCUGAAUUUAGUGUUACCCGGAAUUACCUAGACUGGUUAACGUCCAUUCCUUGGGGCAAGUACAGUCAGGAGAACUUGGAUCUACGUAGAGCAGAAGAUGUUCUGGAGGAAGAUCAUUAUGGCAUGGAGGAUGUGAAGAAACGAAUCCUGGAGUUCAUAGCUGUGAGCCAGUUACGUGGAAGCACCCAAGGCAAGAUCCUCUGUUUCUAUGGCCCCCCUGGUGUGGGGAAGACCAGUAUUGCUCGUUCUAUUGCUCAUGCCCUAAACAGGGAAUACUUUCGCUUCAGUGUGGGAGGUAUGACAGAUGUUGCAGAGAUCAAAGGUCACAGGCGAACCUAUGUUGGUGCUAUGCCAGGAAAAAUCAUUCAGUGCCUAAAGAAGACAAAGACUGAGAACCCUCUGAUACUUAUUGAUGAGGUGGAUAAGAUUGGACGUGGAUAUCAGGGGGAUCCGUCUUCUGCUCUUUUGGAGCUACUGGAUCCAGAGCAAAAUGCCAACUUCCUUGACCAUUAUCUGGAUGUAUCUGUUGACUUGUCCAAGGUUCUCUUCAUAUGCACAGCCAAUGUCACAGAAACCAUUCCAGAGCCUUUGCGUGAUCGAAUGGAGAUGAUCAAUAUCUCUGGUUAUGUUGCUCAGGAGAAGCUUGCCAUAGCUGAGAGAUACUUGGUGCCACAGGCCCGAACCAUGUGUGGUUUGGAUGAGGCGAAAGCUUUGAUUACAUCAGAUGCACUUACCGUUCUGAUCAAACAGUACUGUAGGGAGAGUGGGGUCAGAAAUCUGCAGAAACAAGUGGAGAAGGUUUUACGAAAGUCUGCCUACAAGAUUGUAAAUGGGGAAGCCCAGUUUGUGGAGGUGACAUCCUCCAACCUGCAGGACUUUGUUGGGAAGCCAAUCUUUACUGUGGAUAGGAUGUAUGAUGUCACCCCACCUGGAGUAGUGAUGGGUCUGGCAUGGACCGCCAUGGGGGGCUCCACACUAUUCAUUGAGACGUCUUUGAGACGUCCCCUGGAUAAGGAGAGUAAAGAUGGCACUCUGGAGGUGACAGGUCAACUUGGGGAUGUUAUGAAGGAAAGCGCAAAGAUUGCCUACACAUUUGCACGUGCUUUCCUGAUGAAAAAGGACCCUGACAAUAAUUUCCUGGUCACCUCACACAUUCACCUGCAUGUCCCAGAGGGAGCUACUCCUAAAGACGGGCCUAGCGCAGGCUGCACCAUUGUUACUGCUCUGCUCUCCAUUGCCAUGGAACAACCUGCUAGACAGAACUUGGCAAUGACCGGUGAGGUCUCACUGACCGGCAAGAUCCUGCCUGUAGGGGGCAUCAAAGAGAAGACUAUUGCUGCUAAGCGAGCAGGAGUAACCUGUAUCAUCCUCCCAUCCGAGAACAAAAAGGAUUACUAUGACUUGGCCCCUUUCAUUACAGAGGGGCUGGAAGUGCAUUUUGUUGAACAUUACAGUGAGAUUUAUGACAUUGUUUUCUCACCACAGUGACAAAGGUCUCCUUUUGACCACAUAGAAGAAACCUCCAUUUCGGUGACAGCCAAACACUGGAAUAAUAUGCUUGAUAUUGCUGCCACGCAGCCCAAAGAAGAAUUCAUUAUGGAUUAAUUUACUAUUUGCCUUAGUGUAUAUGUUAUUCAUUCAAUAAUUAUUAAAAUAGAUUUUUAGCUACAA